UUUGUAGAUGAUAAAAAAAAACAGACUACAGAUGUUUCUACUACACCCAACACUGAAAAUGAUCUAUAUGUUUUAUUUUAUUUAGUUUACUAUUUGUGUACAUCUUAGUUUUUCAUUGAUCUGAACAAUUGGCUUUACUUAAGGACACGUUGAAUAGCUUACACGAUGUUUUACAUGUUAAUACGGAAGAUACUUUUCUGAUUCUUUGUGUUUGACGGAAUCUGGACCAGAAGCUUUUACGGGAUUAACAAAAUUUGCAAUAUAUCUUCAGCUUCAGUGGCCGACAAUGUGACAGCGAACGAUAUAUUGAUUGCAGAAAUAUGCUUGUACGGCAUCGAAUAUAUAGACUUUUUUUUAUGACAAUAUUCGCUACAUCAUGUUUUUUAUGUUUUUCUUUUAUCACUCAACCGUUAUUACUGUUUCAUAAAAAGUGCAUACACAGUUUCAUGUUAAGUAACUCUUUACAAGAAAUUGUUCGAGAAAUUGCCAUAACAGGAUCAUCAACCAAGCAACCAGUUAACCCAGCCAGUAUCGAAUACAUUCAUAAACCGUUACAUGUGUGUGACCUGAUUAAAGGACCUGACUUGUUAUUAGUGCUAGUCAAAUCAGAUGCUUCGAAUAUUGCUCGUCGAAUGUCCGUCAGACAAACAUGGGGGAAUAUAUCACAUCCUCAUAUCAAAGUUAUAUAUCUUCUAGGAUAUGAUAGUGUAGUGCAGCGUAUGAUUGAUAUAGAAUCUACUACAUUCAAAGAUGUCUUACAGGGAAAUUUUAUUGACAUGUAUUCAAACAACAUGAACAAAACAGCCAUGGCAUACCAAUAUGCUGUAGAAAAUUGUGUCAAUACCCAAUUCCUGUUUUUUGUAGAUGAUGACUUUUUCAUUAACAUUUUCAAAAUAAAUCAGUACUUAGAAAGUUUAACUGCUCCUUUCAAAUCGAAACUGUUUAAAGGGUUUAUUAUUCAAACGGGGAAGCCAUUUAGGAACAAAUCCUCAAAGUGGUACUUAACUCGAGAAGAAUAUCCGUGUGAUUUGUUUCCAACCUAUUUAGCCGGUGGAGCUAUUCUCAUGUCGAUGAAUAUAGCUAAGUUAUUAAAAUCAGCAUUCCCAUAUGUAAAAUACAUCCAUAUAGAUGACGCUUAUCUUGGAAUAGUGGCUAUGCAACUGAAUAUUCAUUUACAAAAUGAUGCACGAUUUGAUUUUCGGUAUACUCCACCUAUGCUUUUAAAAAAUGUAUUUGCGUCUCAUGGCUAUGGAGACCAUAAACAGCUAUUGGCAAUCUGGGAUGUUUUUCUAGCUACAAUGUAUUUAAGCUCGUCCACGGACCUCAAUAAACAGUUAUACAAAUCAUGAAAAGACAGUUGUUGGUCUACAAGUUAUUGUGAAUUUGUUCUUUUUUUUCACUUAAGAGUGACUUGUCAUGCCUUACAUCGUUAGACAGUAAUAGCUAAUGUAAUAAUGUUGCCAUCUUCGGAACAUUGAUACUGUUAUUAAGAAUAUCAAAAGUCUUGGAUACCAAAUUUCUGGCAGUCCAGGAUAGGUCCAUCAAUUUGUUAAACAUUUUCACCUUGUGCAAUGCUCGAAGGGUCUUAUAAAACAAUACACAACUGUAAAACCAAUGUGAUACAUUGAUUUAGAUAGAAAUUAAUUGCAAACAAUGUAUAUCGGAAUACUUGCAACUGAACACUUUGAUAUCUGCCGUUUCAUAAAGCAAUCGCUAAUAACGACUAACGUAGAUUUUGGCGUGUAACUAACGACUACAUAACGAUUACGUUUACGUGCGUUUCAUGAAGCAUACGUUGACGAAUCGUUAGAUUUUUCGAUCGCUAUAAAAUCGCUAUUUAUUUUUAGAACGGGAAUCCCAGGAUUUCGCACUCUCUAUCGUUGGAGAAAAAUAUGCUUGUAAACGACGGAGAGUAAGAGUCUUAAUCCAAUAAAGCCAAAGUAAUAAUUGUUCCUCCAAAAUGGUAGACUUACUAAAAUUGUUAAGUAAAAGAAUAUUAUCCAUGCAAGUCCUAUAUUAUACUAUAGUAGAUAAGUCUAUUGUCACAUCUCCGUUGAAUGGUCUAUUCUAAACAAACACACAUUUUGGAAAUAAAUUCCCAAGCCAAAAGAUCUCAGUAUUAAUUUUAGUACAACUUUUAUCUUCAGGUAUGUUAUAUCUUAGAUAAAUGAACAAAUGUAACCUCCGUGGAAUGUAAUCUCCGUUGACGUUUUGGUAAAGAGUGCUUUCUAUCACGUCCGCAAUUUUAUCGAGUAUGGCAUGCCGAAUAAACAAAUAUAAGUUAAUUAUUACGAACGGCAAAUAUAAAUAAAUUGCAGAAACAUUACAUAAUUUGUAAUUCAGGCGACGUAAGAAGACACCAUGUAACAAUUUUUGAAAUGCAUAAAGGAUACUAUUUGUCAAUUUGUAUACACUUAAAAAAAAAAUAAACGGCGAAAACUAUUUUACUUUCUUCGUUUUAAAUAAUUUAAAUAUCUCGGAUAAUAAACAGAAGUUAAGAUGGUACAUGUAUAAGGUAUAUUUCAUCAUAUUUGAUUUGUGAUAUGAGGUACUAGUACUGAGAAGCUGAAGGUUCAGUUUAAUAACAGAGACAGUGCUGUUGGUUAGACGACAUAAAAACAAUAUGAUAUCUGAUAGAAUAAAAAUUCGAUCACUAAAAUUAGGUUGUAUUCGUUAGUACCCAAAUAUUCUGCGCUGAACGUAAACAGUGAACAUAAUUUCAAAUUACGCUUCAGACGCAUGAAAUUUACUGUAACAAAGCUUUUUGCAGUCAAUAGUAAUCUUUGUCUGACCCCUGUCAUGAAUUGUUUUAUCAGUGGUAUAAAAUGUAAUCAUUGCUGAAUAAUUAAAAUACAUGUAUUAUUCAGGAGAA